AUGGAUGAAUUCGAGCAAUAUGACAAGGGUCAAUUAUUAAGAAACCGAUAUCUUAAGGUCGGUGAUAUAAGUGAAGGUUCUUAUGGAUUAGUUUCCGUGGCCAAAGACACUCAUUCUAAUAACAAACUAGUUGCUGUUAAGUUCAUUUAUCCCGUCGAUUACAAAAAAACUAGACAAGAAGGACAGCAACAACAACAAGAUCACGGAUCAAGACCAAAUUCCAGUCCUGCCAAAUUAAGAUCACCCGUGGUGGAGUCUAAAACCCCAGAUGGGAAACACUAUAGACAAUCAGUUAUAAAUAAUUUAUUAAAUGAAGCUCAAAAGGAAAUUAAGAUCCACAAGAUUCUUGGUGAUCAUCCCAACAUUUCCAAGUUAUAUGAUCAUUUUGAUACUUGUUUAGUUUUAGAAUUUUGUUCCCGGGGUGAUUUAUACGAAGCCAUUCAUAAUGGGAAUGGUCCAGCCACAACUCAAGAUAUCAAGGAUGUUUUCCAACAAAUCUUAAAUGCUUUGGAAUUUUGUCAUUCUCAUGGUGUUUAUCAUCGUGAUUUAAAGCCUGAAAAUAUCUUAAUUGCUGAAGAUUGGAGUAUUAAAUUAUGUGAUUGGGGGUUAUCUACAACAACCAAAGUCAUUACUAAUAAAGAUGAAUUUGAUAUUGGAUCUGAAAGAUAUAUGGCUCCUGAAUUAUUUGAUGACAAUGUUGAAUCAUAUGACGCGGCAAAAAUUGAUAUUUGGUCAUUGGGUAUUAUUUUGUUGACUUUAGUAUUCCAUAAGAAUCCAUUCCAGGUGGCCAAUUAUUCUGAUAAACGGUUCAUUCAAUUUGUCAAUAACCGUGAAGCCUUGUUUGACAUUUUUUCAACCAUGAGUGGAGAUUUAUUUUCAGUUUUGAGAUUUUCAUUAACUAUUGACCCCGACAAUCGUAAUUUAGCCAGCAUUUCAAAUGAAUUGAAAUUGCUUAGAUAUUUCACCAUUGAUGAAGAAUACUGGGCCAGUGAUUAUGAAGAAGAAGAAGAAGAAGAGCCUGAAGACAUUGAUGACGAAUAUGCCUCAUAUGAAUCUGAUGAAAAGGCCCAUUCAGAAUCUCCUACCGAAAAGAAGUUAACACAGAUAGAACAAUUCAAACUUGAAACUGAACCACUUACCCCAACUGUCUCGAUUACUGACACCGAGGGUGAACCCGUUAAAGCAAUUUUAUCUAGAUCUCCAUUAUCACCUCGUGGUGGAAUUGAAGAUAUUCCACACAAUCACAGAGCAGAUGCACUUUUAUCUUCCAGCACCAACUUGAAACCUAUCCCAAUUGGAGGAUCAGGAUACAAGUUUAUUAGAAACACGAGAAAACCAUUGAAUGUAGCUUCAUACAAUCAAAAUUCAAGUCGUUUCCAAAGUUCUUACAACAAGUUCAAUCGUGAAGAGUAUUAUACUCCCAAGUCUGUUUUUAAUCACUAUAUGGAUAAAUAUGGUGAACAAAAGUUUGGUAAGUUGGACAAUAGAAGUGGAAGCCCCUUUGAAAAUGGAAACAAGAGACCUAAACAUGCCAAGAGAACAUGGAAGAAGAACUACAAGAAGAAGUAUAAACCCAAUAAUAAUGGCGGAGGAGGUCAGCAAUAUCAACAAAACCAGCAUCAUCCAUACCAUCACCAACAUACCAGAAGUCAAGAUUUUGCUAAUGAUUCCCAUAAUCACAUUCACCCCAAUCGCAGAAAAUCAAGACUGUAUUCAACAUCUAAAUUAAAACGUCCAAUUUUCCAAUCGUCUGGUGGUAUGACUGGUAGUCCAAUUAACAAUAACUUGCUUUCUGCUAACCAUCCAACUUUGACUCAUCCAAAUGUGAAUGUAAAUGGUAACAGUGCUCCAUCUGCUACUUUAUCCAGCUCUGGAAAGUAUGUUCCUCCAUAUUUAAGAUCUCCAAACUAUCAAAGAUCGCCAGUGAUUGAACCAUUGGUUGAAGAAAUGGAUCAUCUUUCUCUUAAUAACGACGACGAUGAAGUUUUCCAUUUGGAAGGUGAUUUUGAAUCUAAAUCAAAUGGAAGUGGCAGACAACAGCCACAACAUCACCAUUACAAUAGUGGAUAUGGCAGUGAUUAUUCAAGCCACAACCGUCGUAAUUCAAGGUAUGGAUGUGAUAGUGGGUAUAACAACUUCAAUCUGCACCAUGCUACUAAUGGAACUCAUCCUGGAAGAAGAAAUUCGGUUGCUGCAGCUACAAGAAAGGCCGUGUUUGGUAAUAACAAUAACGUUGAUAAUAGUCAAAUGUUAUCUACGUCUGCCACUAGUACUUCCAGUGGUAAAUACAUUCCUCCAUUUAAACGAGGUUCAGUAGGCACAGUGCCAGCAGUUAAGAGGUCACCACCAGAUAGGAAGGAAAGACCCACAUCCAGUACGUUUUCUGAUAUGAAUAAGAAUCCAUUGAUUCAUAAUCAUGUAUCUUUGAUUGGAUCAGAAUGGAUCUCUUCGUAUAAGAAGGAUUGGAGUGAUUACGAUGAUUAA